UCUAAGCUAACAAGCAACUUUGAAAAACUGAGAUUACAUCAGAUGAAGCAAAACAAAGCUCACCGAAAAGAAUUUCCUCACAGAGAAGACAUGCCGUUUGAACUGAGCAAUUUGAGCCAAAAAUUAGAGGAAUUUAGAGCAAAAUCAAGAGAAUGGGACAAGCAAGAGAUACUAUAUCAGACGCACCUGGUUUCUUUAGAUGCUCAACAAAAACUACUGUCUGAAAAAGGUAAUCAAUUUCAGAAACAGGUGCAAAAUUACCAAACUCAACUAAAUGGUAAAAAACAGUGCACUGAAGACAGCAGCUCUGAAAUGCCUCAUUUGGUUUGUGAAGCGGAUUCCAGUUGUGAAACCAAAGAAAGAGAUGAAUUCAUCAUUGAAAAAUUAAAGUCAGCUGUGAGUGAAAUAGCACUAAGCAGGAACAAGCUACAAGAUGAAAAUCAGAAGCUCUUACAGGAACUCAGAAUGUACCAAAAACAGUGCCAGCUGGAGAAUUACUUUUAAUUUUCCUGUGGAUUGUGUAAGUGCUGAAUCGGCAGGGAUAGGAUUAGAAAGCUGGCUUUCUGUCACACGUGUAAGUCAGUUCAUACUUUCUCUUAGUAAGUAAUUCUCAUGAGUAGAUUCAGUAAUGACGCAGAUACCUCACCGCGCUGGAGUGCACUUUGGUUCUGCAGCAGAAUGAUA